GGAGCUGCCAAUUCACUGCGCUGAGUAGCAAUAUGAACGUCAGCGGUACCGUUCGCUGAGGGAACGCGCGACGUGACAGAAUUCUAUCGCCGUGUAAUCGCGCGCCGUACCUGUCAGCGGGUCGCGCGGCCGUCCUCGCAGUGUGCUCGCGGUGUGUGUUGAGUGUCGUGAACUGGUUACGUUCGCCGCACACGUGGAUACGUGGACCUCGUCGGACUUGACCCUCCGCAUCUUCGGGAGGAUACCCCGCCAGUCGUCGUCGGUCCCGGUCGCGCCGAGGUCGCCGAGGGAUAGCUUUCGGUGAAAGGAAUUUCUCGACUUAGGCUAAGAUGUCACAUCACAGCGACGACAACAUGCUGAUAGCGACAUCGGACUCCUUCUGGGAGCCGGGGAACUACAAGCGCACCACCAGGAGGAUCGAAGACGGUCACAAGCUCUGCGAUAGCCUGAUAGCGCUGGUCCAGGAAAGAGCAGAGAUCGAGAAGAACUACGCGAAAGCGCUCAAGAACUGGUCGAAGAAUUGGAACGACAAGAUCGAGAAGGGGCCCGAGUAUGGCACGACUGAGGCGGCGUGGAAGGGCGUUCUGGUGGAAUCCGACAGGCUCUGCGAUCUUCACCUCAGGGUCAAAGAGAAUCUCUGCAACGACAUCGUCCAGCAGGUGAAGACGUGGCAAAAGGAUGCGUAUCACAAGUCGAUGAUGACCCUGAAGGAACGCAAGGAGAUGGAAGACGCGUUCAAGAAGGCGCAGAAGCCAUGGGCGAAGCUCUUGCAGAAGGUCGAGAAGGCAAAGUCCGAGUACCAUAACAGUUGUAAGACCGAGCGGACCGCGGCGAACAUGGAGAGGAACGCCUCGGCGGACAGUUCUCUCUCGCCGGAUCAGAUGACAGAUUGUGGAUGUGGUGCAUGGAGGCUGAGAGUACCAAAAAUCCUUAGGAAUAAUAAGAUAGGCGACGUUCAGUUUGUAAAGAAAAUGCAGGACCGAGUACAGAAAACGAAGGAGGAGGUGCAGAAGGCAAAGGAGAAAUACGAGGCGGCGCUCCAAGAAAUCAAUCAGUACAAUCCAAAGUACAUGGAAGACAUGACGCAAGUAUUCGAGAAGUGCCAAGAGAUGGAGGCGCAGCGGCUACAGUUCUUCAAAGAUGUUCUCUUCGGCAUUCACAAAUGUCUCAAUGUAUCACAGGAUCCAGUGCUUCCACAAAUAUACGAGGAAUUCUAUCACACGAUAAAUAAUGCUGAUCACGAAAAAGAUCUCAAGUGGUGGUCUAACAAUCACGGCGUAAACAUGGCCAUGAAUUGGCCGCAAUUCGAGGACUACACAGAGGAGUUCCGCGAGAUCACGAAGGGCUCGAAGUCGAAGGAGGCGCUCCCGGCAGGCUCCAUCACUCUCAUCAAUCAACGCCCGGUCGGCGAGGAUCUGCAUGAAUUCCCGCCGGUGAACAACAAAUCGAAAUCGAAGUCCGCCGCUCGAGUAAUAUCAGCGGAUGGCAAUCACGCAGAUAGCAAAACCGACACAAUAAGCACCGGCAAGCAACCUUCGGAAAAGAAUGACGAGAGCGAUAGUGUCAACAGGCCUGCAACUAUUACCAACGGCACUAACAAUGUCAAGCAAGAGUCAAACCCAUUCGAGGAGGAGGAAUGGGACGAGGACGGUGGUGAACCUCUGGUCGACAACGGAGAACCGGGAGUCCCUGUACGAGCAUUGUACGACUACGAGGGAGCCGAAGCGGAUGAACUCAGCUUUAAGCAAGGUGAUGUAUUCGAGAAACUGGAGGACGAGGACGAACAAGGAUGGUGUAAAGGCAGAAAGGAAGGCAAGGUGGGCCUCUAUCCGGCGAAUUACGUAGACCUGGUAGCACAAUAGAUCGACUAAUGUAAAGCCAAAUCCGCAAGUUCGUUAGUUACUUAAAUGUGUAACCACCGCGUGAAACAUGAUUGCGUUUUCGUUUCUCUUUCUUGUCGUCGUUGUCCGCGCGUCGAGAUUCACGUCGGGAAUAUCGGCGCGCAUAUUGGAAGAGACAGACGCAUUAGAUUUACGAUGAAUCUGAACGAGGAGCGAGUCACACUUGCAGAAUGAGACACGUAGACGCGCGAACUGCAUUUACGAGUUGUAUAAAUGGCAUAAAUAAUGGUGAGACGCGAUUUUCGCGACUCGCGAGAUUCUUUUUACGUGUUGGAGGCAACUAGCGGGGCUAAUAAUGUAAACGGACAGCUUUCCAAACCCGACAAAGAUGAUUCCCUUACUCAAAAUGAGAAAUCUGUUUUUAGAUAGCUAGCUCAGCCUCAAAAAUCCUUCACUAGUUAGUUGUCUCAAUGGAUUACAUGUACACCACGCGUGUAGCGAGUUUAGAUGAAGUCGAGAAAAUUGGACAAUCGUGUGUUUCAUGACUCAUCACGAUUGUUGUAAUUGAGAAUCUUUCGGCUGAUGCGACGAGAGGUCUAUUUAAUUUAUUGUUAUUAAAGAAGAAAAGUACUAUUAAAAAAACUAAUGUCUAUCUAAAUGGUGUCAUUGUACAUAAUAGAUGUAAGAGCAUAGCAAUACGUAAAGUUAUUUUUGUCGUUUAAACGAAUUUAAAGAGUUAAAAGUGUUUAAAGUAUGAAAACAUAAAGAGAAAACAUAAAAAACGGCAUAAUAUUGAAAUGCAUAUGAAAUUAAUAUACGGAAUAAAGAAAUUCGGGACCCAGAAAUCAGAGAAUGGUGCGAUUUAUUAAUUAAGUCUUAUAGUUGAAAGUUGAUAAUUUGGCAAAGUGAAUAUAUGAAUUAUGGAUGUUAUAUUUUAUUGCGACGAACACUUUCAUCUAAGGUACAUUGUGUAUAUAGCUUGUUUUAAUGUAAGUCCGAUAACGUUAGAAAAUUGUGUGGAAAAUUGUGUUGUUUUCGGAAGGAGUUAUAAGUUUCUUUUUUUUAUUUAAAAUUAUAUACGAUUUAUGUAUAUUGUCAGAUUAACUAUAAAACAUCAUGAAAAAUAUGUAGGAACCGUUUCAAAAUAUGUACGAGCAUAUUAACUAUUAUUACGUUAAUAAAUGUAACAACAUCAACGAAAUGGGAUGUAUACGGUGCAUGUAGCGAAUGAAAUUUAUUUCUUCCGUAUUUAAUCUGUUAAUUAUCUGCGUAAUAUGAAAUAUUUAAAAAAUCAACGUGUAGUAACAAUUUUAUUUUAAAUUUUCCCAUUUUUUCGCAAAGCAUGUUUGAAUUAUUUGAUGUGUCAGCUGCAAAGUCAUACUUCGUUUAUGAUUAUUAUAAUAGACAUUGAAGGAAAUAAAGUAUUGAUUAAGAAUAUAUUGUGUCUGUGUACACAGUAUUUAUGUAAAUAUCAUAGAAUAUAUAGUGAAAUUUUCAAUUCUUAGUUUGACUGAUCCUCUUUUUAUAAUCAUUCAUUUAUUACUUUCUCAAUUAUUAUUUUGUGUGAAAUGUUCACACGUGACUCCACAAAAUUGUUAAGUAGACUCUAGUUUGUGUAUAAAAUUUAUUGUGUAUGUUUAAUAAAUGACUUAUAC